AUGCCUCCGAAGACUAAGGGCAAGGCCAAGGCUAAGGCCAAAGCUGCGGCAGCUGCGCAGCCGGCCGAUGGUGGUGCUGAUCCAGCAGCUGCUGCAGCGGCCGCUGUGCCGUCUUCGAUUAACAGCAGUCAUUUGAGCAAGGUGCAAGAAGCUUUGCAGCUCAUGCGAGACAACAGCAUUCUGUGUGAUGUGGGUGAUGCCGACCCGCUGGGCAUCGACGCUGCUGUGGGAUCGAUGUCUGGAACCAUCGCCCCGUACGAUGCUGCUCAGCUUGGCACUGCUCUGCAAUCCCGCGGCAGCUAUCAGUGCGGCAUCAACUUCACAUGGUUGGACUUCUUGACCAGCAUAACGCCCAACGUACCAAUCAUUGAGAGCCAAGUGGCAGAUGCGCAAAGAAAGUACUUCCCCAGCUACGACAAGGGAAGUGUUCAGGCGGGAAAGGUCGUGGUGGGCCUACUCCCCCACCAGCUGGAGGCCCUGGUGGCCGGGAAGACUCCGUCCAAUCUGCGAUUGCUGAGCCCAGAGGAGUAUGCGCAGGCUCUGCUGUUGAAGAUUGGAAGCCGGCUCCGAGAAGGAGCGAAUUCCUCGGAACUCCAGGGUUGGAGAUCUGUCUUGCUCACAGCCCCCGUCACCUUUGAGCUGGUGCCGAAUGCUGAGAAGUUUUACUUCCGCGGCAUCAGCAUUCGUGAACAGAAAGGUACAGACAGAGACCUUCUCUACAGGUCAGCCGUCCAAAGGAUCUACGAGCUGGCACUCUAUCGCGAUUCCCAGCCUGUGAAGAUGACGCAGAAGCAGGUGGCUGAAAAGUGGCAGCUUCACGUGGAGUUCAGUACUGAGCGGGAAAAAGAUGAGGUUAAGGAUCAGAAGACCUUCCAUCACUUCGUGGAGAAGUGCCUGUCUGUGUACGACAGGGUGCUAAAGCAUGAUCGGAUCCAGGCGCUGGUGCUUUGGGCAGAGGAAACAUGGGGCAAGCAGUCCCCGUGGGAUAGCGUCUACAAGCUGGACGACCUCGCCCAGAAAUGCUUCAAGCAGGUGGGUCGAGCGGACACCCGGAGUGCGUUGGACAGAAUGGUAUGGUGCAUCGGUGCGGUUCACGACUUUCUGCAGUCAGAUCCUCCGCAGCUGCAGUGGACGCAGCUGUCCGUCCGCAAUUGGUCGGGUAAGGGCUGCUCAGGGAAUAAAGGAACCGUGGAUGUCCUCCUGAUGAAGUACGGCCUCAGUGUGUAUAUCCUCGAUCACAUGGAAAGCACCAGCAUGGACACCGCCCACAAGCAGAAGCUGAGGUCGGUCUUUCGAGACUUUCCAUCAUACAGAGCGGCGUACGGCGAGAUCGGGCACACAGAGCAGCACGACCUUUCAUGGAUCGGGUGCUUGAGCGAAGCAGCCAUCCAAGCAUGCAACUUACUUCAGAAAUUGGUCUACAACACCGGCUUGGAUGCCAAAGUCAAGAAGAUGCUGUAUGCUGGUGCUGGCCCCGCAGAUUGGCUGGACCGCGAGGAGCUUGCCGAGGAUGUCAAGGCGUAUCGGGCCGCCUUGGUGCAGUUGGAUUCCAAGCCAGACCAGGUCGAGGAAACUGCAGCAACAGGGUCCGGUGUGGAUCCUUCUUUGCUUUCAGCUCUGCAAGCUGCUGACCCAAGCAAUAACAAGAUGGAGGCACACGUGCGAAGCCUGUCGGAUGAAAGCCUCGUGAGGCUUAAGGAGGCUUUGGGUGCCGCGCGGCAAAGGGUGCGCCAGUACGUCAAGCUCAUUGUGGACUGUGAGCGUGCAGAGACGAUGAAUGAUCUUUUGGCUGAGAGCGCCGUUGGUAAAGUGCAAAGCAGCGAUGUGCUGCAGGUGGUGUUCGAUGUGAAAAAUUCAGGCGAGCCAGUGACCGCGCCGCACUUACGGGUGGCUGCCUUCGAGAAGAAUGCCUUGAAAAAGGUCGUGCAGCGAACUGUUCGUGCCCUCAACGCAGUCGACAUUCCCGACAACUGCGUCUUCACUAUCUUCGACGGAGGCAAGAUGGGCCAGGGCAACCACAUUCUCAACAGCUUCACUAUGGCUGGCGAUGGAGUGACAUGCCCUGGCAUGCCCAAAGCUUCACGAACCAUCCACCUGGCCUAUGACGAGAACAGCGUAGCCCAGCGAAUGGAGAAGCACCGUGCCUCAGCCCAGCUUCAGCAGCUGGAGACGAUCUACAUCGUGCACGGCGUCGCCAGCCAGCUUCAAGGCCUCAAGAAGCGAAGGAAUCGAGCCCACUACGCGGGCACAUCAGCCGGCAAUGUCAUCAGCGGCGUGGUGCUACCACCGGAUUCGGAGCUCUGGCAAUUGACAUUCGCAGAGAAAAAGGCUCUCUACGGCAGCGCGAGGACUGCUGUUGGAGGCGCAACAGCCGGACAUGAUCCAGCAUCUGCGGGCAAGAGAGAGGAGCACGGCUUGGAGCCGUUCUGCUUCCACUCGAUGCCGGUUAUGCUUUUCAAAGAGCUCCUGGAUGUGGACCUUCGCACUACUGUGCUGCUCGAUUGGACCGCAGGGGACGGCCAAUGCGCCCAAGCAUGCCUGGAGUCCAAAGUGAGCUACGUGGGUGUGUGCUUCACUGACGCACACAAAGAGAAGCUCUACGAGCGUUUGGCCCACAUCGUAAUGCGUGGGAUGCGUCAGGAAGGGAAUCAGUUCUUCGAUGCUGGCUUCGCCGAAGUCAUUGCUGCGAGGGCUGCUGAAGUGAAUCUCGGUCAUCGCGGUGGACGUGGCAGAGGCAACGCAGCUACGGGUGAAGAGGGCUCAAAUGCUGACAAGAAUGACACCGACACGUCAGCCGUGGUUGACGAGACUGAGGGCUCAGAUGCAAUUUUGGCCAAGAUAGCGGCCUUGCGAAACCAGUCCCAGUAG